AUUGGUGCUUUCAUUCUUGAACUCAUUCAAAAAAAAUUAUACAAAAAAAAAUCGGCUACAAAAUUCAAUUCAAUUUUUGUGUGGUGGUGUUUCUUUUGCCAAUGGAUUCUCUGUUGGAAAUAAUUCUUGGUUUACUCGAGAAAGUUCUACGGGGACAAAUUGAAUUUUAUGAAGACGUGUGUGCAGUUGAAGAUUCCGUGGAUGAAAUUAUAAAGAAACUUCAGGCAUUCCGUCAAAUUGAAGGUCAACCAAUAUAUGAUUCUGAGGUAUGUGCGUUCGCCGUAGAGGUCUCUUGCUCAAUCCAGGAUUUAGUUCGUGGUCCCCCAAUUUUACCAAAUUUGAUCCCGAUAGAGUUACACUUGUUCAAAACAAAUAUGAUGAGCGUGAUAAAGAAACUCAUCGGUGCUCCACUUUCUUCACCAAAUCUAGCCCCGGCUGGGGACUUGAUUGUUCAGAUCGUGGAAGACAUAGCCGCACACACUGGUCCUCUUGUGGAAAAUUUAAGCAAUAAACCACAUGUCGAAGAUGACAUGAAAAGUGGGUCCAAUGUCCUGGGUUUCAAUAAGUCACUCACGAUGGAGGAAAUUGUUGUUCAUCCGGUAGGUAUUUCCGAUGAUGCUUUUGUUAUUGUUACUGAUCCUGUUCUUGUAGACGAUGUUGAUGAGGAUGCACACCACCAAGACCGCGAGGAAGUUUUUGGGGACAAUCUGAAUGUGUAUGGAUGCACAAAAAGCUUUGGAAUGCCUAAUGCUGAGGUUAUUGUUAUUUGUAAAUCAGGAAGUAUUGCACCCCUUUUCAUCGAGUUGGUCGCAUGCAAUUAUUUAACUCGUGUUGGAGAUGCUGUAGGUCCAACACGUUCUUUUGAUGCUCCAAUAAUGAAGGUGUUUGACCCCGGAGGAUGGACGAUGAAUGACACACUUUUCCCCGUUCUUUGUUGAAUUUCCAACUUGUGGACAAGUUGGUUUCUGAGGCGGGGAGAGUGAUACGGG